UAUCCAAUUACUUCAGGAAACUAAUUUUUGACGUUUCAAGCUUAAACGAUCUCCCAAGUCGUUGAGACUAAAAUUUAACGUUGCAGGAUUUGUCAAAGCUGCAAUAUGAAGCUGUCGGCUUUCUAUGACUUGGGCUGGUAGCUCGACUAGUUUUGAUAAAAAAAAUAAUCAAUAACCCAGUAGUGUUGUACAAAAUAGAAUUAAUUUGAAUAUAACAAUUCAAGAGUGAAGACGAAUCGUAAAAUAUCAUCCCUUCCCCAAACCAACCCGCUUAAAAAAAACCCCACAAACCUGAAUGCCUUAAAAUUAGGCAAACAUCAUAUUUUAAAAAUUACAAGGUGAAAUAUUUACAAGAUUUCUUUCCACUUGUUAUAAAGGAGUAAUUAAAUGUUAAAAUAUAAAUUAAUACCUAUGGAGAAAACCAAUUUAGUCCUAUAAAUUAUAGAAGUAUUUACAUUUUUUGUCAUCCUUUAGAAUGGUGAAUGAAGUCUAGCACAGAUGCUGUGUUUUUUGCCAGCACGUAUUACGAUUAGUGUAUAUUUUUUUACUGUAUAUAGUUUUUGCUUUCCAUAUUUACUUUUCAAAUUAUCCAUAAUAAAAAUAACAUCAGCGCACUGCGUCCCAGUGACCAGCACUCAUCUCGUUUUACCCUUCUGUUGUAUUACACCCAUACAACAAAUCUAUUCAAUAUUCAAGUGUGCCUUGCAAAUGUAUCAAUAAAAACCAUCCAAAAAUGUGUGAUAUAGGUUAGCCGGUUGUUAAAACGAUGUUUUUAAUUCCAUGUAAUUAUUUUUGUUUGUUUUUGUUUUCUUUUGGUACUUCAACAUUUCUCAUUACCGUACUGGAAGGUGUCAGUAUGGAAGGUGUCAGUAUGGAAGGUGCCAGUAUGGUAGGUGUCAGUAUGGAAGGUGUCAGUAUGGAAGGUGUCAGUAUGGAAGGUUUCUGUAUGGAAGGUUUCUGUAUGGAAGGUUUCAGUAUGGAAGUUGCCAGUAUGGUAGGAGUCAGUAUGGAAGGUGCCAGUAUGGUAGUUGUCAGUAUGGAAGGUGUCGGUAUGGAAGGUGUCAGUAUGGAAGGUGCCAGUAUGGAAGGUGUCGUUAUGGAAGGUGUCGGUAUCGAAGGUGCCAGUAUGGAAGGCGUCAGUAUGGAAGGUGCCAGUAAUGGAAGGUGUCAGUAUGGAAGAUGUCAGCAUGGUGCCAAGAAAGCGCCAUGA